AUGGAGCCUUCUGGAGCACCUAGUCAGAUUAGCAAAGAUAACUUUUUAGAAGUUCCUAAUUUAUCUGAUUCUCUUUCUGAAGAUGAAGAAGUUAAAGCUACUUUGAAACCUGGUUUUUCCCCUCAGCCUAGAAGACGAGGUUCUGACUCCUCUGAUGAUACGUAUCUGGACACUCCGUCUUCCGGUACAAGAAGAGUUUCAUUUGCUGACACCUUUGGGUUCGAUCUUGUAUCUGUCAAAGAAUUUGAUUGCUGGGAUUUACCAAGUGUUUCAACCAAUUUCAACCUAACAAAUGACAUUUUCCGCCUGGAAGAAUAUGUUUUAUCUCCACUGUUUGACUUGCCUUCUCCGAAAGACCUUAUGCAACAACUUCAAGUACAGAAAGCAAUAUUGGAGUCAGCGGAGUAUCUUCCCGAGUCUGCAAGUAUAAAGGGCAUUAUUCGAGUUUUAAAUAUUUCUUUUGAGAAGUCAGUAUAUGUGAGAAUGUCCUUAGAUGACUGGAAGACACAUUUUGACAUUUUAGCAGAAUAUGUGCCAAAUUCAUGUGAUGGAAAAACUGACCAGUUCUCCUUUAAGAUUUCAUUGGUUCCUCAUUAUCAAAAAGAUGGCAGUAAAGUUGAGUUUUGUAUACGUUAUGAAACUUCUGUUGGUACAUUUUGGUCAAAUAAUAAUGGCACAAAUUAUGUAUUGGUUUAUAAAAAGAAAGAACAAGAGCCAAAGCCUGUGAAACUUUCGGAAGAAGUUCCUAACAAACAGAUAAAAGGCUGCUUAAAAGUGAAACCAAGUAAAGAAGAAUCAUCAGUAACAUCAGAUGAGAAUAACUUUGAGAAUUCAAAGAUUACAGAUGCCCAUAUCCCAAUAAUCGUUUGUUCCCAAGAGGAUAAGGAAGACUUGGAAACCGGUAUUCAAAAUGUAAAAGAUGUAAACAGGGACCAUGAUGAACACGACAGAAAAGAAUUAGAGCUGAGGAUAAAUCAAGACUUAAUAAGAAGCACUGCUUCCAGAGAUGAAAAGAAUACAUUUUCAACAGAUGCAGUCAAUUUUCCAAAUACAGGUGAGGUGUUAGAGAAGAAGCAUAUUCAUGAUGAAGUAUACAGUGACUUCCUUAAAAGGACUUUGUCUCCAAGUUCAUCAGCAGAAAGCUCCUUAAAGAGAGAUUUUUAUAGCAAUGAAAAAUAUUUCUCAGGAAAUGAGUGUAGUCAUCAACCUUCAGAGGAAAUUACUUCAGAUAUGAGAAAAAUCAAGCCAUCAUUGGGAAAUACUGGUAGUGAUGACUUAGUGCAAUUGCAUAUUAGCAACAAAGAAGUAUUGGAUGAUAACGCCAAUCCCGCUCAAAGGAGAGUCAGUGUGCAAAUAUCUUGUCCCUCUUCGGGUCAACUAAUGGAAGACAACCUUAAUAAAAAACAUGAAGGAGGAGCUGUGAAAAUUAAAAUGAAAGAUUUGGAAUGUUUAAGAAGAGAUUUCCAUUUGGAAGAAUCAAUAGAAAAGGGAUCUUCCAAGAAAGAUUAUGGAAAUGGUAAGAAUGAGGAGCAAAAAAUGCAUCUGGGUGUUAAUGAAAAACAAAGCAAAAAUCUUCAAUCAAUCUUACAUGACCAAGAAAAGAUAAGCCACUCUGAAGUAAGUGUGAAAGAGACUGGAGCUAGUAGCAGAGGACUAACUCUUCUGCAGAGUAAAAACAACUCGACUCCCAACCAGGCAAUCAGAGAAGAUUCAUUUCAAUCACCAAGAGGAAAUCUAAGUUGGGGAGAAGCGGUGUUAACAACCACAGAGCAUGAUCUCUCAAUUAGCAAAGACGCUACUUCGGGAGAGAUGCCUACUCAAGUUUGUUCACCAAGAAAUGGAAAUAUUUUGAAGAAUGAUUAUCUUUUCCAAGUUGAAGAAGAAAAUGUAGAUAGGAUUAAUCCUGAUGAUCAGAAUAAGAACAAACAGCGUAAAAAACGAUGGAAUUUUCUGGAAAGUCAGGGAAAAGCAAGAGAGAGUAAGACAAAUACAACCCAGCAGGUCAAACAACAUGCAGAUUGUGAAGGUACGUGGGGGGAAAGAGAUAAUACAAGGAGUUUGACUGCUACUCCUACAGAAAAAUUGUUUACCUGCCAAGAAACAGUGAGCUCCGAACUGUCUUCUCUAGCUGAUCAUGAUAUUACUGAGAAAGCAGGAGCAGGUACUGCUUAUAUAAUUAAGACAAUACCAGAAAGUACUCUAGAAAGCACGUCUGCUGGAGAAAAAGCAGUAAUUGCUAAGCUACCUCAAGAGACGGCACGAAGUGACAGGCCCAUCGAGGUAAAGGAAACAGCGUUUGAUCCACAUGAAGGGAGAAAUGAUGAUUCACAUUAUACCUUUUGUCAAGGAGAUACAGUAGGUGUAACCUAUGAUGAUGAUUUUGAAAAAACAUCAUAUUUAGAUAUUUGUAAUGUACAUGUAGAUGAAAUGGAGAGUGACGAAACCAUAUCUAUGCACAAUCCUGCAAAGACACAUGACAGGAAGAAACGUGGCACUGGAAAUAAAACAUCUGUAGAAGAAUCCUUACAGGUCAUUAGCAGCAAUCAAAAAACAGCCUCAAAACUGAAUUUGGGAAUGUCACCAGUAGAUAAAAAAAUAUUUUCAGAAAAUAGAGAUCCCGGGCAGGUCCAAGAAUUAUCAAAGGAAAGGGAUACAGGUGCUGUUAUUCAGUCUGCUUUAAACGCAGACACUAAUAGAGCAUCUGAGAAUGGCUCUCAUGUUUCCAAUCACCAUGCUAAAACUUCAGUGUUAUCUUAUGAGCAGACAAUUGCUGUAGAUAAUACAGGUAGUACCAUGACUCUCCAAUCUAUUCGUACUAAAUCAGAAUAUAAUUGUAAUCCAGCAAGCGAAAUCCAGGGUAUUGACAAAUACCCGCAUGCUGGGGAUACAACUGAAGAAGUUUCCAAAAGUUCAGGAACAGUGAGAUCAGUUGGCAGAAGAGAAGCACAUAUAGGAGAAUGCAAUGUGAAAGAGUGUGUAGGGCCAGUGGUUUUAAUCACUGAAGCUGUUGAAAACGUAGCAGAGGUAAGGCACAAAAAUGAAGGCUUACUAAACUCUGGACAAUCACCAUGUUUUUCAGGUGACAAGGAAUCUGAGAGCUCUGCUUCUGCUAACCUCCCUGCCCACGAAAGUCAAGCUCAAAGCAGUCAGUCUCUGCUUUUGAAAUACACCAACUCAAAAAUAUCUUAUUUCCUAUUGUUUCUGAUAUUUCUUGUAACCAUCUACCAGUAUGACUUAAUGAUCGGCUUGGCCUUCUACCUUUUAUCGUUGUACUGGCUAUCCUGGGAAGGGGGGAGACAAAAAGAGUCUGUCAGAAAGAAGUAGCCUCAGCUCUAUUAUUACUCUCUCGUCAAAGAUAAGCUAUUUAGCCCCAAACAUUUGGGUGGCUGAAAAAGACUAUUCAUUAUUCAAAGAGCCAGUGCAGUUUUUCCUCUUAAAGGAUCAUUUAAAAUGGAAUGCGUAUGAAGUUUGCUCCUUCAUAUAAGUAAUUAUCCUAUAUAGGACCAUUAUGUUUGGAUCAUUAAAUACCUAUAUGAAUAUGAGAUCUGAAGCACGUCAGGUUGAAAUUAGGUACAGCUGUUGCUCCUUCCCAGGCUGUGAAGUUGCAAUGCUUCACGUCCCUUCACCACUUCAAGUGCCAUUUCUUGCAUUCAUUACUUUUGCAGUAAAGCUUCAUUUUUCCCCCCCUGAGAGUAUUUUUCCCUCUAUGGUUUUUAAAAAUGGAUAAAACAUGGACAACAGCAGGGGACUUUUACUGCUUUUACUGUUUUUUUUUCAGUAUUGGCCAUGAAAUUUGCAUUUACCACUGUAUUAUUUAUCAUCACAUUUUGAUAGAUCAAAUCUUUCAACUUCAAUUUAAGAUUUUUAAGAACAACACACAUGUAUAUUAAGAUAUGUGAACUAAAAUUGAAGGAACACGUGACUUGCUUAAAUAAUACUUUAUACAUACACAUACCUUUCACCUCCUUCAUAACUCCAAAAGCUGGGCAUUCAUAAACCAAAUCUGAGAAAGACUGAAAUAAUUUGGAGAUGACCUUUCAAUUCCACAAAAUGUUGUGGGUGGCCUGUUUUUAAUCUGCUUUUCUCUUAUAAAGAGAGACUGUGUAACAUAAUUGAAUGAUUUCAAUGUCAACUAUUAUUCAAAGUUGAAAAUUUAAAAGUUCUACAAACAUUGCUUUAUAAUGAAUUGUACCCAUAAAACUUUAAUUAAUAGUAAUAAUUUUAAAAUUCUUCCAAAUGAACUGUUCUACUUGGUAGUAUUUUUUGUCCUCAAAAAUGUUUUUAAUCUUUUCUCAUUAUAAUACAAUGAAUUAUUCUUCCAGAUGCAUUUAGAUAACAAACAACUAAUCAUUGGUGAUAUUUAUUAUAUAAUAAUCAGGUUGUUAUGUAAUAACUCACAAUGUAAACUAGGCAAAUAAGUAAUAUGGAAAUCUACUGAGAGAGAUGACCCAAAAUAGCAGUGGUUUGGGCUGUUGUUAUUAUCUAUGUCUAAGUCUGUGAAAUAAUGAACUAGUUAUUUUAGUCACAAGGGGAUAAUGCAAAGAUUCUUAUACAGUUGAUUUACAUAACCAUUUAUUGAAUGACUACUAUAUGAAAAACCCUGCGCUCUGUUCUAUGGCAGAGCAUUCUCUUUGAUACCCUGAAAGGCUAGUCCUCAAGAGGAGGCAUAAAUAUGUAGUUUGACACUUAUGACUUAGCCAGGAGUAUGUAAAAGAGUCACAUUGAGGGGGCCCCUUUGGGUGAUUUUUUUCCAUAGGAACUUUUUUCAUAGAGCAUAUAGCAUUGAUCUCCAGAAAGAAAAUGUUUUUUGUUUAUUUACCUGUAAAGGUAAAUCCAAUGAGUAACACUUGCAUAUAUCAUUCCACACAUCUAAGAAACAUUCAUUUAUGAGAAGAUAAAAUUAGAGUGAAACAUUUUAACUGACUUUCAUGUGGUAGUAAAUGAAAGUUGAACAAAUACAAACAUCUUGAAGUAGAACUUAGGGCAAAUGUUUGAUUGAGAAAGCACAUUUUUAUUAAAUACAAGUGGAAUACUAUAGGCUGUACCUAGAAUAUUAUCUCUAAAAUUGCUGUCCUGAUAACUUUGUUGACAGAUUUAAACUACAAUGGAAUUAAGGUUAACAUUUCUUCAGUUCUUAAUAGUUUGGCUUUUUCAUUCUAUCUUUAAGAAUUUCAGUCAAAAUACCAAAUCUUUCUACUUCAAAGAACACUAUUACUUCAUGAACACAGGUACAUGGACUGUAAUUAUUCCCUUAUGCAUAAAAGAAUGUAACUUAUUUUAUUUUGUUUAUUUGACUUUUGGUAACAUAAAUGUAUUAACAUUCUCAUACAUCUUUGUAAUAUGACAAUCAAAGGAUCUAAAUAGUUGUGUAUUUUUCUGCAUGCAAUAAAGAAAAAA